AUGGAGUACAAUACCCAACAACUUGUUGAUCCAGAGAUUGAAGAAAACCCACUUGAAUGUGACUACUUAGGGUACCACUAUCAAGACCCAUUGCCAAACAGUACUACUUCCAUGUUUGAGGCUCCACAGAUUGAUCAUGGAUUCAAUUCAGUAGCUUUGCCAUUACCUGAAGAUAACAACCAAAUUCCCCACAUGGGUUUUCAAGGACUUGAAGAUUUUAGCCUCCGGGACUACACAGCUUUGGACAUUGCUAAUACUUUUUCAUCAUCACCUCUCUGUGAUUUUAAUAACGUACUUGAUGGAAAGACUCAUACAACAGUAUUGGAGUCUUUUGGUGAGUCUAGCAAUGACCCAAGUGACAUGAUGAUCGGAAGUUCUGGUUUUUCAUCGACUCAAUGUGAUUCAGUGUUGUUUGAUGAAAAGCCCAUUUCAACAAUGGUGGAUUCUUUUGAUUAUUUGAUCAACAACUCAACUAAUUUGGGUUACCAUGCUAUGAUUGAAAGCUCUGGUUUUUCAUCAUCUCUCUGUGAUUCUCUGGUCUUCGAUGAUAUGCUUCUUAGAGAAAUGGUGGAGUCUUUGAACAACAAUGUCCCAAGUGAUGUUGGUCAGCAUGAAGUUUCAAUGAUGGUUGAAAGUUCUCGGUUUUCAUCGACUCAAUGUGAUUCUGUUGUGUUUGAUGAAAAGCCCAUUUCAACAAUGGUGGAUUCUUUUGAUUAUUUGAUCAACAACUCAACUAAUUUGGGUCACCAUGCUAUGAUUGAAAGCUCUGGUUUUUCAUCAUCUCUCUGUGAUUCUUUGGUCUUUGAUGAAAUGCUUCUUAGAGAAAUAGUGGAAUCCUUGAACAACAAUGUCCCAAGUGAUGUUGGUCAGCAUGAAGUUUCAAUGAUGGUUGGAAGUUCUGGUUUUUCAUCGACUCAAUGUGAUUCUGUUGUGUUCGAUGAAAAGCCCAUUUCAACAAUCGUAGAGUCCUUUGGCAACUCGAGCAAUGUCCCGAGUGUUUUUGAUCACCAUGAAGCUUCCAUGGUGACUGAAAGUUCUGCUGCUUAUUCAUCCUCUCAUUGUAAUGCUCUGGUGCUAUAUGAAACACCCCUUUCAACAAUCGUGGAUUCUUUCGACUACUCUGAUAUGCCUACACCUGAUUUGAGCGAUGAAGAAGUUUCAGUGAAGAUUGAAAGUGGGUAUCCUAGUUGGGGCACUUCAGACACUAGUUGUUUGAGAGGGACAAGUAAUAGAGGGAGAUGUAGUACACAGAUGAAGAUCAAGUCUGAUGCUUUGGAAUUGGAGGGUAUAAAGCAGUACUUUAACCUCCCAAUAACAAAAGCAGCCAAGGAAUUGAAGGUGGGAGUGACAUUGCUGAAGAGGAGAUGCAGGGAGCUCAACAUCAUGAGGUGGCCUCAUAGAAAGAUCAAGAGCUUGAAUUCUCUUAUUGAAACUAUGAAGAGAAUGGGUUUGAGAAAUGAGGUAAAAAUGUUGGAGGAGAACAAAAGGCUUCUAGAGCUAGUGCCAAAUAUGGAGCUUACAAAGAGAACCAAAAGGCUGAGGCAGUCUAUUUUCAAGGCCAACUACAACAAGAAGAAGAUGUCUUUGUCUAUAUCCCUUGGAUGA